GGCAUCACAAACGACUUGAUCCAUUACAUCUUUCGUCGUUGACUAUAUCUUCAAACUCAACAUCUUUACACGACACAACACACACACACACAACACACAACAUCCAGAUCUCAUGUCCUUUGCACUCGAGUAUUGUAUUCUCGUCUGACUACGUAACAACCUCAACGACCUCCCUAAUUGGGAUUCCCAUAACCUAAAAGGUAUAUGUGCGUACCUUGGUAGCAACACCACGAAAAAGAUUGACAAUUGCUAGCGGCUGCAUAUAGAGUAAUACAACAUCAAUUUGUCAUGAUAUCUUCAUGGCAUAUGCAUUCUUUUCAUUCCGAAACCCGCACAUAAGCAGCCAAAGAACCCUCCUGCCUCUUCUUACCUAAACCUAGAUCUUUUGGGAACAUAUGGCACAUUUGGAACAUUCCUCCUCUCUCAUCUUGAUGAAUUGCGUGCUUUAGCCUCUGAUUCAGCAUCUAUCUAUAUCUACGCCCUUUGUUCCUUACAAAUGAAGGGCUAGCUCUCGUCACGACAUUCAUCCUUCGAACAUUAUUACCAAUUUGACCCCAUUACCAAGACUCUCUUACAUAUUUUCUUUUUUUAACCCUUUUACUAAGUACACUAAAGGAAAAUCUAUUAAGUCGGAACUUCCCCGCAAUUUUUCAUCUUGUAUUUUUUUAUACUUUUCCAUCAGUCUUCCAUCAAACUUCUUUUUAUCUUUUUGUUGUGUGAAAUUAUUCGAAAAAGAAGAAAAGGAAAACGCAAAAUAAAUUCUUCACCCCGCACUACCCCUCCAAAAUGACUGUCCCAAGCUUCGAUCACCCUAUUGAAACUCCUCCACGAGCUCCUUCUCCAGUUCAUCGAUUUGGUACUCUAGCAGUCCAUGCUGGUUCCCCUCAUGAUCCUGUCACCGGUGCCGUCAUCGAAGCCAUCUCCCUCUCUACAACCUUUGCACAAACCGCCGUCGGCAAACCUGUAGGCGCAUACGAAUACAGCAGAAGCUCCAACCCCAAUCGUGACAACUUUGAAAAGGCUGUCGCAGCUCUCGAACACGCCAAAUAUGCGCUAGCUUUCUCCUCUGGCUCUGCUACCACUGCCACUAUUUUGCAGUCUUUGGCCGCCGGCUCGCAUGUUAUUUCAGUCUCGGACGUUUAUGGUGGAACCCACAGAUAUUUCACACAGGUUGCUAAAGCUCAUGGCGUGAAGGUUACAUUUACACCAGAGAUUGAGGUCGACGUUGUGGAUCAUAUCACACCCGAGACAAAACUCAUCUGGAUUGAAACACCCAGUAACCCAACUUUGCGACUUGUGGAUAUCAGAGCCGUAGCUACAGCAGCACACGAACAUGGCAUUAUGGUUGUAGUUGACAACACCUUCAUGAGUCCAUAUGUCCAGCAACCAUUGGACCACGGAGCUGACAUCGUUGUUCACUCUGUUACUAAAUACAUCAAUGGACACUCCGAUGUCGUGAUGGGAGUAGCCGCUUUCAACUCUGACGCUAUGAAGGAAAGAUUGGGAUUUCUACAAAAUGCCAUUGGUUGCAUCCCUUCGGCAUUCGACAGUUGGCUUGCUCACCGUGGCUUGAAGACAUUGCAUCUUCGAGCCAGAGAAGCUACAGUUAAUGCAACAUUAGUAGCAAAGACAUUGGAGGCCUCACCACACGUUAUUGCUGUCAACUAUCCUGGCUUAGACUCCCACCCACACCGAAAAAUUGCUCUUAAGCAACACAGAGAUGGUAUGGGUGGUGGUAUGCUUUCCUUCCGUAUCAAAGGAGGUUCCGCUGCAGCAGAAAAGUUCUGUCAAAUGACUAGCAUCUUCACAUUGGCAGAGAGUCUGGGAGGAGUUGAGAGUUUGGUUGAAGUUCCUAGCAGUAUGACCCAUGCUGGUAUUCCCAAAGCUCACCGUGAGGCCAUUGGUGUGUACGACGAUUUAGUCCGUAUCAGUUGCGGAGUUGAGGAUGCAGAGGAUCUGAAAGCGGAUGUUCUGCAAGCCUUGGAGAAAGCUGUUGUUUGGCCUAAGAUCUCUAACGGCUUACAAAGCCAUGCUUCUUAAGUCCUGGAUUGGGGUUUGAACUUUAUACUUGUUAGAAGAGCCGCAUGCAAAUGGAUUUGCGAAUGCGAAUGUGUGGGCGCUGGCGUUGGGGCAUAUUUCGAAUACCUCUUAUCUCUCGGAAUGCUACAUCUAGAUAAACAAAUUUACAUAGAUUUAUUUGCAUGAUUUAGUCUCGUGGGUUUCCUUUUCAAGGCUUGGAAACUAGACAAAAUAAAAACUAUAACACA